UAAUUUUUAAAUGUAAUAUGUAUGAUUUUUCUAAUAUCUAUAAUUAUUUUCUGUAGAAAAAUAUGUAUUGAGUUAUACCUACAAACUGUAUAUUACUUUUAAUUGUAUCUACAUGUCUUCAAAUUGAUUUCAUAUUACAAUUACGUUAAGAUAUAUUAUCAAACAAGUUUUUUUUUUGUAUUUUGGCGAGUAAGAAAUCGAACCUCUCUCUUUCAAAACAACAAAGAUAAAAACAAUACUUCCGAGAAUAUAAUAUAUAUAGGAGUACAGUAAACUAAUAUUUAAACAAUAAUACAUUCUCUUCGAUAUCACAUAGGACGAAAUGAGCGUUAAAUAUAAAAUUAAAUUAAAUUAAUACUUAAAUAGAAUUAAAAUUUGAAUGCACGAUCUUAUGUCUUGAUUUAUUUAUUAGAUCUGGAUAGGGUGUUCUUGUUUAUAUAUUCGUUUGUAGUUCUUGUUUUGUCCGUACCUAUCGCUGAAGUCGCAUCGUUACGAGCGAAAGGUGAUGGACAUUCUUGAAAUAAAAACAUAACAAAUGCACAAGUCCUCGAAAGCCAUCGAAUUGUAGUGACGGAAAAAUCAUAUUUUAUCUGACGUAAACAUUUUAAACACGUUUCUGUUAUAAGGUUAGAAGAAGAAAAUUGACAUUAGUUUUCAUGCUGUCAGUGAUUGAAAAAAUUUGAGGAAGUUGGUAAUCGAAUAUUUAACUUUUGUAUUUUACUGUGCGAUAUUUCAAAUAUUUUUCAUUUAUUAUGAACGAUUCUACAUCAAAUUCAUAUACUAAAAAACAAUCAGCUGAAAGAAUGAAAACUAGAAAAAAGAUGAGUAAGGCGCAAAUACAAUUAGCAAUUAUUAAAAAGAAACAAUGCGAUGCUAGAGCUUUAAAGAUUGUUGAACAACUAUUAGAGCCCGUUGUUGAAACACAUUGGCUUCUUCAAAAUUUACAACAUAUCAAUAAAAGUCAUAUGGAAGAUGUAAUCGAAGAAAGAGCAAUAGUAAAAUUAUGUGGUUAUGUUCUAUGUAAAAAUCCUAUAACAGUAAUAAUUACUCAACAAUUUCAUAUAUCUACAAAAAGGAACAAAGUUUAUGAUGUUACACGUAGAAAAAAUUUUUGUAGUUCAUAUUGUUAUGGAGCAUGUAAUUAUCUUCUUGAGCAAAUGCUGACUAGUCCACUUUGGUUAAGAGAACAAGAGGAGAUACCAGUUUUCCAUUUAUUAUCUUCAAAUCUUCAGACAAAAAAAGAUAUGCUUGGAGAUGAAGUAUAUGUAAAUGAUAUAGAUAUUCUAUCAGAAAAUGAUAAAGAAUAUAUAGAACCUACUGAAAAAUUUGAAGAAGCAAAAAGUCAGAUAUUAAACAAAGUAACAAAUGCUUGCAAUAAAUUACCAGAUAGCAAUGAUAAAGUAUCAAAUAUUAUAUCAAAUGAACAUAUGGUUUUUGAAAAUACGUCUUCAGAAUAUUUCAUACCUAAAAGUGUACAAACAGAGGAUUCCAAAGUGCAUAAUAAUUUGAAAAGUUAUCAAGAUAUAAUGGCAGAUAAAAAUGUACCUAAUUUACCUAUAAAUAUUAAGUGUUCUAGUGAAAAUAAUGAAGAUUUUCAUGAACAGAUUGAAAUUGUUCAAAAAUGCUAUGAAGUACCUGUUUUGGAAAAAAAUUCUAAGACACUGUUAAAUUGUGAAAAACAUGAAGAAAUAAUAGCAAAUAAGUCUAAUAUACAAAUAGUUGAAAAGGAGUGCAAAGAAGAUAAGAAAAUUAAUGAAUUUAUAAUAAUCAGUCAAAAUAUCUUGGAUAAAAAAGAAUAUCCUAUUGAAGAUAAAAAAGAUAAAUAUGAAAAUGUACAAGAAAUGAACAAUAAUAAAAUAAGAAGAAAUGCAUCCACAAAAAAUAUAAGGAAAAAGAAAAUAUCUGAAGACCCUGAACAAUCUUCUACCAAAUUUUAUACAUUAAUUAUGCGGGUUGAGAAGAGUGUUAAAGAAUGGAUUACAGAAGAUACUAUUUCUUUUUUACAAGGAGAUUCUGAUAUAAGAUUGCAAUUAAUGGAAAAUUUUAUUCAACAUGAAAGAUAUGUACAAUUAUGUAAAAAGUUAAAUAAGUUACAACUACAAGAUGAGAAAGAAGAUCGUAUAGAUUUAUCUAGUAAUACAUUAAAACCAUUACCUCAUUUUUCUAUAUUACGAGAAGAAGCAGAUAAAAUUGAAUUAAAGGUGAACGCGUUUUACGAAGGGCGUAUGGUAAUAGAUCAACCUAAGAAAGUUGUAGAAAAUAGUGAAACAUGUACAUCAUAUCCCAUAUUACCUUUAAUAGAUGCACAUGCACCCAAGGCAUUACGUCGUAAAAUCUUUUUGGACAAACUUCAUAAAAUAUUACCAGAUUUGUUGCAUAUGUUAGCUGGUAGUACUCAAUGUUAUACAUUAAUAGAGUACAUACAUGAUAAUAGUAAUAGUACGUUAAUAAAAGGUUUAGUGAAUACUUUUUCAUUGUCUGCUUCAAAUAUAGUUUUUAAAACUGCUGAAUGGACUCUUGUAGGACUGAUAAUUAUUAAAAUGUUAAGCAUAAUGGAUCCACAAUUGAAAAUCUUAUUAGCAACAAAACAAGCAUCAAUGUAUAUAUCAAUGGUACUAAUGUCAUAUAAAUUAGAUUCAUAUUAUUUAGAUAGGUUUCUAAUUGAAUUAACAAAUAAUCCAAAAAUAUUUGAAAUUAAAUAAACUUGAAGUUGACAUGAUAUGAAUACAAGAUUAGGGAUAAUUAAGAUCCAUUGAUUAAAAAUGAAAUAUUAAAGCUA